AUGCGCCUUGACUCUCGACUCGGCUACUCGUUGCUAGGCCCUGAGAAUGGUCGUCUAGUCAAGGCUGCGGCCCAGCCGCUGCUGUGGUCUCGACUGUUGGUGUCUGGUCUGGCUUCGCGCUUCACCAACCCUCGUUUUGUCUUCAGCUUGGCCGCCCUCGCCGUCCUCGGUGCCAAAUUCAUCCACAUCGGCAGCCACGCCUCUGCCAUACCGACGGUGCAACUGGUGCAAUGGGGGUACUCCUUUUUUGCUCAGGACUUGGUCUUGCUGGUCGUCCUGCGGCUGCUGCUCGGGGGAUCGCUCUUGUCUGCCCGCAGCGAAGGGUUUCUGCGCCGUAUGGCAGCCGUGACGAGCUGGAUCUUCGUCAUUUUCGUCAUCAGCCUGAACGUCAUCCACAUCUGUUUCUUUGCCGUGGCCCGCUCCGAGAUCCACUGGCAAAACAUAGGGGUUGCGGGCGACGCCUCCGGCCGCGCUCUUUUGCUGACCGGCAUGGUCUCGUCCAUUCUGGUCGUCGCCGUCAUGAUCCUGGUUGCCUGGCCCUUGAAAGACAUAUUGUUCGUCGCCGUGGGCCUUUUGGCAGAUGUCGUAUGCUGGCCCCUCGCGUCUGUAGCGCGCCGCUGUCGCCUCCGAUCCCAGGACUCCCCCGCCGCAACAUACCUCAGCGUCCCUCAGCAGGAUGCUGAGCACGGUAUCAAAGAGGAAGGGGACGGGGAGCAGAAAAAAUUCGGCUUCCCUGGUGGCUGGGAGGACAUCAAGAACUGGCCCUGGGUACGCUUCUUCUGGAUCGCAGCGUACGCUCUGGCUGUUGCUGCGCUGCUCGCCCAGGCCAUCCUGUGCAUCAUCCGUCCUCGUGAGAGCUCUCUGAUUUUCAUGUCCUGGACCCCGGCGCUUCUUCCCUUUGUUGACUUCAAGAACUCGUCUCCGAGCCUGGAAGAACUCGUUCCCCACUACAACUCUGGGAUCAACCACAAUUGGGAUAAGCGGACAGCCCUCACCGACCCAAUUCCACUCUCCUGGCUGCCCAAGGAUUCUGUUCCCCAGGGCUUCGAGGAUUGGUACAACAAGAAACCACACUACAAUGCGGCGGCAGACCCCCUCAAGAUUUCGAACCUCGACAGCGACCUGCUUCCUGAGCUAGGCAACCUCAAAGACACGGUACCGAUACGGCAUAUCGUGACGAUCGUGCUGGAAAGCACGAGGAAGGACCUGUUCCCCAUCAAAAACGACGGGAUCAACAAAGCACGCCUGCAAGCCUCGUGGGAAGACGGCAAGAUGCCCGAGGAGGCACUUGAGCGUCUCAGGACCCUGACUCCCGUUGCCAGAUUCUUGACUGGCGACCACGACGACGGCUUCGACCACGGGAGUGAAGAGAAGAAGAGCAGGGGCGGCCUGAAUUUCAACGACGCAUACACGACCUCGACGUACACCAUUAAGAGCCUCGUAGGAACCCUCUGCGGUAUCUCACCUCUACUUGCCGACUUCAACCUCGAGUACGAGCACCACAUCUACCAGCCGUGCUUGCCACAAGUCCUCGACGUCCUCAACACUCUCGACCAAAGCGACGCCCCCGGUUUUACCCCGUACAAGUGGAACUCAUCAUACAUGCAGUCCGUGACGAUUACCUUUGACAAGUACGACAAACUGUUGCCCAAGAUGGGCUUCCCCGCAGACGGCCUGAUAGGCAGCGAGUACCUGAGGAGCGCCGCCGCCAAGUUCGGCCGAGUCACCCUGAAAGACGUCAACUAUUUCGGCAUGCAAGAGACACCCCUCGAAGACUACAUGCGGGACCGGUUCGAGACAGCCAAGAAGACGAACGAGCGAGUCUAUAUCUCGCAUCUCACGAGCACGAGUCACCACCCGUACGGAAUGCCCGCAGACGAGAAGUACGUGCCGCUGGGGAGGGGCCUGGACGAUCUGUCGCACUACAUCAACGCCAUCGGAUACGACGACCGGUGGCUCGGCAACAUAACCAACAUGCUGGACGACCUCGGCGUGGCCAACGAGACGCUCUUGGUUCUGGUGGGAGAUCACGGCCUGUCGAUUCCGGAAAAUGACAUUCUCGCGUCGUACUACAACCCCAACAUCGCCAGCAACCACAUCCCGUUGGUCGUGUCCCACCCCAACCUUCCGCCCAUCACCAUCGACGACGCCGUAUCAGCUCAGCAGAUCCUACCGACGAUACUAGACCUCCUCAUCGAGACGGGCUCGCUAUCGAAGCCUGCUACCGACGCAGCCAGCGACCUCCUCAAAAACUACGAGGGGCAAUCACUCAUCCGGCCCGUGAAGAAGUCGCGGCCGGGAACGGCCUACAAGGGCUCCCCGCUGCCACCGGCCGAGGUGGGGAACUGGCACUUCACCGUCAUCAACCCGGGCCGCGCCAUGGUCGGCGUCCGCGACGCGCGCCGCAAGUCAUGGAGGCUGGUGGUCCCCGUGGUGGACAACAUCGAAUGGCGCUUCACGGACGCCGAGAAGGACCCGCGCGACGUGGACCCGGUGCUCGGGUUCGAGCUCACAGACUUCCUUGCCAAGGUCGAAGAGGCCCACGGCCCGGAACCCGCGCGCUGGGUCGAGGAGGCGGCGUUCAUAACGCGGUGGUGGGUGGAGGAGAACAGCAAACGGUGGCGGUACGGGCCGUACGCACCAUAUUAA